UGUAGAUAAGCUUGUUGCUGUGACAAACUAGUUUAGAUAAGCACUUUUGAUGGAUAAAUCAUGGAUGCAUGUUGAUAGAAGAUCGCGAGCUUUUGAGUUAGGCGUUGAAGAAUUGAUUCUGUUUGCAUUGGAGAGUGGUUGUGAUGUCAAUAAACUUUGUUGUCCUUGUGUGAGAUGUGGGCAUGGUAAAUCUUGGAAGGCUAGGGUAGUAAAGGAUCAUUUGGUUGAGUUUGGUAUUGAUAAAAGUUACACAAAAUGGAUAUGGCAUGGGGAACUCUCGUCAAAUGAGAUGAGUGAACCCGAAGGGAAUUCUGAAACCGUAGAAAUGGUAUAGAAUGACACAAGUAGAGGGGGGUCCGAUGAUGAGGAGUUGCGCGAGAGACAAUAUGGCAAAUGGCAAGACAAUCUCUUUCAAGUUGGAAGAGAAAGUGUUUGGCAUCGACAGGAAGCAAUAUUUGUUUAAGUCAGACAUUCAUGCAUUGUGUAUGAUGACUGAACUAUCAGGUGGUGUAAUCUGCAUGUAUAUAUGCUACUUGCAUGAAGUCUUGAAGAGAGCAAAGAUGUCACACAUGGUUAGCUUUGUGGACCCUUCACAGAUUGGAGCACUUGGAAGUGGAAAUACAACAGAAAGAUUGCGUUUUCUAGCAAAUAGGUUCACAACUGCAGAGAAGGGCCAGAUUUUUUUGUUGCCAUAUAAUGCAGGUAACCAUUGGAUGUUGACUGUUGUCAAUCCGGAUGAAGAAACUAUCUAUUUCAUGGAUCCAUUAAGGCGUCGACUAGUUGGUGGAGAAUGGCAGACUGUUGUGGAAAAUGGGAUCAAAAUUUACAAUGCUCAGAGGAAUAGGUCUGGCCGGAAAUCAAUAGUGUGGCAAAACAUGGGGGGUAUUCCAGCACAACAAAAUGUGAAAGACUGUGGCAUAUUCAUCAUGCGGUACAUGAAGGAAAUAAUUGAGGAUAAGAACCUGAGUUUUGCUUCAAAGUGGCAGCGACGAUCCGAAUUGAUUUACACCCAAAAGGAUAUUGAUGCUGUGAGGUCAGAGUGGGCUAAGUAUAUGAUGAAGUAUCAUAUUUCAUAGUUAUGAGGGUUGGUGAAGGCAGGGCUAUUUUUUGGUAUUUUGAUCACCCUCCUGCUAGCUGGUUUUAGUUUUUGCUCAAGUUAUUAAUGUGCAUUGGACACGUUUUAUGGACA